AUGGCAUCUAGUGCCCCUGCCCAAGGUAUAGGGGACGUUUAUGCUCAAGGAGAUAACCCUGUCGCCAAGUACAUGAGAUCGUGGCAUUACGCUGCGGUGUGGCUCACUACUGGUGGAUUUACGCGUGAUCUGGUCAUCGAUCUUUACAGCAGAACACAAAAGAUGGCCUCGGAACACAACAAGUACCUUCAAUUGCCCCCAUUCUCUGGAGAUAUCGACCCAAGGGACUAUUAUGACAGUCUCCUAACAGCAAUAAGAAGUCUCGAGGACGAAUGCUGGCGUCCGAGAUGGGCGAAUGCGGCGCAGCGUAUGCGUGACUUGGGCUGGACGAGGGCAGCCGGAGCGAUAGAUGCGCUUGCCAACGGCGUAGUUGUGAAUGGAAGAUACAUUCGAGACCUCACUCCCAGGGACGAAUUUAGCGCAUUGUACUUCGACGUGGAGCAUCAACUUUUGUCUAGGAAUAUCGAUCACAGAACGAUCGAUCGAUAUCGUGGCCAAAAGGAGCGAAUCGAAUGCGACCUGGAACAACACGGUACGUUUGUCCUGCCGCGGCACUUCACAGUCAACAUGUCUCCUCAAGAGUUCUGCGAGAAUCUCAUGACAGAUGUCAAUCAAUCUCGGGUCAAUUACGUCAAACCAUUUUGGGAUGCUGCCCUAGCAGUAGCUCAGCCUGCUGAAAAGGCAGAUCUGCAGCAGCAAUUUGAAAAGAUGUCAGAGUUUGUCACCGCACACUACGAUCCUUACAAGCCAUAUCAGUACACCAAUGAAAGACGAGAGCCAGGUAGCAGACUUGCCCAGUGGUAUCCGUUCGAUGCAGCACGCCAGACUAUUUUCAACGACGACGGAACGUGGCAACCGCAUAGCUAUUUUGGAGGUGGAAAUACUGCAAACGUCAUGUUGUGGUGUAAGAUAGAUCCGAGAUCUCAUCAGCCGAUCGAUCGAGUGGCAGUCAAGGAGAUGUAUUUUGAGGAAGAAUGGACCUCCCCAGAAAAAUGGGAGGCUCCUAUCUACAACAGGAUCCCACGCGAAUAUGCAUUGGCAAAGUCACUGAACAAUCUGAACGUCAAGAACGUUGUAGAGCAUCGGGACUAUGGCUUGUUCGAAAGAGUCACCAUGCUUCGUCUCUACUUGGAAUUUUGCGAGUACGGGGACCUGAAAAAGAAAGUCAAAGACCAUGAGAACGCUAACAGGCAAAUCUCCACUCGUGCCAUUUGGUCUGUCUUUGAGGCUUUGGCUACAGUGCUGCUUUUCAUGGAGCGAGGAAGCGGUCCAGCUGGGGGUGCUCCUCAGCAGCAUAGGUCGCUGUAUCAUCGUGACAUUAAACCCGACAACAUAAUGUUCACGGCGCCUCGGAACGAUCUAUGGCGACAGAUACCAACAGCGAAAUUAGGUGACUUUGGCCUGGGAAUAUGGACGUCAGAUCCGAGAGCUCACGCACCUGGCGUUGGCACAGCAGAGUACAUGGCACCUGAAGUCCACGACUGCUGGCGACCAGAAAACGAGAAAUAUAUCGAUGAUCACCAAAGAUAUCACACUGUGACAAUGAAAUCAGAAGUGUGGUCUGUCGGGCUCGUGAUCAUGACAAUGAUGAACCGCGACACUGAUGACAUGAUGAUGCCGGCGUACAGAUGCAAUAUCCCCGGGCCAAAUUUCGAAGGCAAGCCUGGGAAAAAAUAUCCCCUCCCGCUACAGGAACUGGUCUUAGAAUGUCUAAAGCACAAUCCGGAAGAGCGCCCUACGCCAAGCAGGCUCUGGGAGACCAUACAGAGCGCGACUGGCAAUUUGAAGUUCAUGCAGCCAAGUGGGGAAGAAUGCGAUUUCGCGAACCCCCAAGGGAAUAUGUACGCAGGUUUCGCAUCUGGAUGGCAAUAG